AUGCAUUUUGAAGACAAAAGGCGAGAAAGAAAACUUGACGGUGAAAAACAACUAACAUCACGAGAAGUGAAACAAACAAUUGAAACGUUUUUAAAAAACUCUCAUCCUUCUCAGAACAGUGGAUGGAAUGUUCUAGAACCCAAACAUCUUCAAUGUACGAAAGCGAACCAAUGUGAAUGCGCAGAUGGGCUAAUUUUUGAUUUUACAAUAAGAUCAUUGUACGUAGAACGAAAAAGAAUACGAGUUCCUGCACAAUUUACUGGUGGCUAUGAAAAAUAUGCGAAUGAUAUUUGCUGGAUAAUGAAUACGUAUUACGUUCCCAUGGAACAUGAUAUUCCACAUGCAGAAACAACACGAUACGAACGUAUGCUGAAGUAUUAUCAAUGGUCACCGUUUAUUCUCUUGUUUAUGGCACUGUGUUUCUAUUUUCCACGGAUGCUGUGGAGAUCAUUGAAUAAUAAGUCUGGCUUAGAUAUUGAAAAGUUAGUCGAUGCCGCUUUAAAACAAGAACAACAAGUCGAAGAACGAGAGAAGGCGGUGGAUUAUAUCGUAAACUCAAUUCGUGUCUAUAUAGAAAAUCGUUACACUUCUCCUGCUCAGCAUCCGAAUCAUACGAAAAGCGUUCCUCAAAAGUUCUGGUAUAAUAUCACAUUUUGGCGUCAUCGGCAUCUUAGUGCAUUCAUUGUUAUUCUAUUCACAUUCGUAAAAUUUCUAUUUCUCUUUAACUCAUUAGUACAAAUAUUUUUAUUGAAUGUCUUCUUGGGCAAUGAAUACCAUUUGUUUGGCAUUGAAGUCAUUAUCAAAUUUAUGCGCGGUCUGGAUUGGGGUGAGUCGAAGCGGUUUCCGCGUGUUACAUUAUGCGAUUUUCAUAUACGAGAAAUCGGAAUUAUUCAUCGAUAUACUGUCCAGUGCGUCUUACCAAUCAAUCUAUUCAACGAGAAGAUCUUUCUGAUUCUAUGGUUUUGGAUUAUUCUCUUAGCUGCUUUUAACAUCUGUGAUUUUAUUUCGUGGUUAUUACGUAUUCUUCGCGUGGACGGCCGAUCUGCAUACGUCCAACGAAAACUAGCUCUGAAUCGUGCAGUACCGCGUGACUCUGCAGACGGACGCAUCAAAUCCGAUAAUGAUCAGUUACACGAAAAACUUCGUACUCGAGCUUUUGUUCGCGAUUACCUGCAAGAAGAUGGCUGCUUUGCUCUUCGUCUACUGGCUCGAAAUGGACAAGACAUUAUCGUUGGUGACAUAAUCGACAAACUCUACACACAUUUCUGUGCAACAUACGAUCGCAAUCAUUUGAAUUCCGACCGACCAAGACUACCUCCUAGCAAAUUUGAUCCAAAUAGUUCAUUUUCUCCCUCAAUUCGACCAAGAUCAAACCCAACAGAAACCUUGCUUAAUAACAAUGAUGAUCAUCAGUGA